GGGGUGUGAGAACGUGUUUCCUUCCUCCGAGAGUCGCUACGAUGUACCGGGACGGUUGCGAACGGAUGAGUUCAAGAGCGGAUGAGGUGGAGGUCGGAGCGACGCUGCCGGAAUGGAGAAAACGCCCCGCGCUGCAUCUAACUACAUAGAGCAAAUAGCGUCAGCUGGAUAACUUGGGAGAAGUAAAGGAACAUACGGGCCCUGGCCGCCGUUGGAAGCAUGGAGGAACCAAGCAAGAAUUUUGAGAAGUUGAUGACAAAUCGUCAAUGACCCAAUGAAUGACCUUGAAGUUCCCACCUUCUCAUUGACCUCAACCACAAUGGCGUUUCGCGCGUCCAGCCCUACGAAUCGCGCGUUGGAGAUCCCAGAACUGUUGGAUAUGAUAUUUCGCUAUCUGGAUAACUCCUGCAAUGUUGCCAAUGCCCGUGUCUGCAAGCGGUGGUCUGAAAUUGCUCUGGACAGUGUCUGGCGCGAUUUAGACGACUUAUAUCACCUGUUUGCGAUCCUCAAGCCUCUCAAGCCCACCAGCGACAAACCCGAUGCCCCGUUGGAGUUCACUGCACCCCCAGACGCCGACGAUUGGAAACGUGCGGAGCGAUACAGCCGACGAGUCAAACGAUUAGUCUACCACGCGAGCUGCUCAUUUGCGCUGUGUCCCACCGUCUUCGAAGUUAUCGCAAGAACAAGGACAAGCUUGGUUGUUCUCCCGAAUACACGGUCCAUAGCCUGGGAAGCACCAUUACACCUCCUCGUCAUGUUCAUGCACGCCAAUGUCAAACACUUUGUCGUUCGACUUGAUGGGCAGCACGAGCUCACACCCCACUCGCCAUUCUUUCGGGAUGUUGUCUCGCGGAUGCCAUCCAUCACGAAUCUCGACAUACACUGCGAAACUCCCGCUGCGGAGGUUGUGCUGCCGAGGUUCUUUUUGACGACCCGCAUCGCCGAGUGCGCUGCGAAGCUGGCGGACUUGGAAUGCCUGGAGUUCCAGUAUGAUCCCGAGCAAGGGUUCGGAGAUCCUUCUGAUAUAGAGGUCUUCCGGCCUGCUCUAGGGCCAGGAUCGUAUCCAUCUCUAGGCGAUCUGUCGCUGACUGUAUCUCUCGGGGACAUUGUUCGGCUCAUGAAGCAGCCUUCCUGCCCGGCCAAUCUCACUUCUCUGCUGGUGGAUUCGCGCUUGUUCGAGACGCCGGAGGUCGUGUACGAGUUUCUCACGACCUUAUCCGAGUCGUGCCAAUUGCUAGAGACGUUGAGCAUCAUCACUGUAGUCAGCGACGAGGAGCCUAUCGAGAAGUUGGACGCGAUACCGAGAGAAAAUCGCAUGUCCUUCUCGACCAUCCGCCCCCUGCAGCAUCUCCCCAGCCUCACCGUCUUUGACAUCACGCACCAGUAUCCAAUGGAUCUGGCGGAAGAUGAGCUCGAGCAGCUGGCGCGUUCUUGGCCUUCGCUCAAGAAGCUCAUUCUGAACAACGAGCCUAUGGUCUUGGACUCGUGCUCCCUCACUCUAGCUUCCCUGCUGCCGUUUGCGAGGCAUUGCCCGGAACUAGAGAAACUGGUGGCCGAGUUUGCGAAACUGCAGAGCCUGUCGAUGGGAGUGUCUCUCAUUGACGAGGACGGACCGGUUGCGCUCUUCCUCAGCAAGAUAUGUCCGUUGGACACGCAGUUGGAGUCUGGUGUCACGUGGGAUCUGCCGGCGUCGGGACACUUCGAGCCUGAGGUGCACUCCACAGUGCGCGACCGAUGCAACAGAUGGAAUAAAGUCGCGGAGACGCUUCCUCUGCUCACUAAUCUUCGGAUGGAAGAACGGGCGCGGACAAGCAAACUGGAGGCCGAGGUCGACGACUUGCGGAUGAGAAGCCAAGUGAUCCUCGACAAGCCACCCAUCCGAGAGGACAGUUGUGUCGUUUGCUGA